AGAUCUUCAUCUUAUGUUUAAAAGCCUGUAAGCUUGUUGACUCUGGACCAUAUGGACAGUACCUUGGGGAUGAAGAUUAGAAGAAGUAAAGGGGUUGAAUAUCUUCUGACGCAUGUGAAAAAGGCUUAAUGACUUGGGAACACAACACUUCUGUGGGCAGCUAAUUUUACUUCAGGACAAGUUGAAAAUCAAUAUUCUUUCACAAACGGAAAAUGAAUGAAAAUAAAGAUACUGAUUCAAAAGAAAGUGAAGAAUAUGAAGAUGACUUUGAAAAGGACCUGGAGUGGCUAAUUAAUGAAAAUGAAAAAAGUGAUGCCAGUAUAAUAAAGAUGGCUCCUGAAAAGGAAGAGAAUAUUAGCCAAGAACUAAAAGAGAACGAAACAGAAAUAGAACACACUAAACAACUUCCUGAUCCUAACAAAUCUUUGAAGGGCGAGGUUUCACCAAGAAGAAAUGACUUCAUUUCUGUACCAAGUAUUCAACCUUUGGAUUCCAUAUCAGAUUCAGAUAGUGAAAAUUCUUUUCAGGAAUCCAAACUAAAAAGUGAGAAGGACUUGGAAGAGGAAGAGGAUGAGGAAGUAAGGAGAUAUAUUAUGGAGAAAAUCAUGCAAGCUAACCAGCUUCUACAGAAUCAAGAACCCAUGAAUGAUAAACGGGAGCGAAAACUUAAGUUCAAGGACAAAUUGGUUGAUCUGGAAGUUCCUCCACUAGAAGACACUGAUGCUUACAAAAAUCAUUUUGAAAAUGAAAAUAAUAUGUCUGGAAAACUGUCACAGUUAUGUAUUUCCAAUGAAUUUGGACAAGAAAAUGUACUUUUGUCACUUGCUGAUGGAAGCUGUGAAGAAAACAAGGAUAGGAAGAUACUGGUAGAGAAGGAUGGGAAGUUUGAACUUCUGAAUUUACAAGACAUUGAGAGUCAGGGGUUUUUGCCCCCCAUUAAUAAUGUAAAUAGUACAGAGAAUGAGCCUCAGCAGUUGUCACCCAGAGCUUCCAACUCAUCUGUCAAUGUUGUCAAGAAAGAAGAUUCUGCAGCAAAGAUCCAUGCUGUCACUCACUCACCAAGGGGAGACCCAUUAGUGUAUAUCCCUCAGCCACCACCCAACUCUAAGACUCGUCCAAGCUCUGCUGCCAACUCAGAUCGAAGUAAAGGGAAUGGGAAAUCUAAUCACAGGACACAGUCAGCAAAUAUAUUGCCAGUGACCUCAACGUACUGUCUUUCCCCUCAACAGAAAGAACUGCAGAAACAACUAGAACGAAAAAGAGAAAAGUUAAAAAGAGAGGAAGAGCAACGGAAAAUAGAAGAAGAGAAAGAAAAAAGGAGAGAGAAUGACAUGGUAUUUAAAGCAUGGCUGCAAAAGAAAAGAGAGCAGGUCCUAGAAAUGAGGAGAAUUCAGCGAGCAAAGCAAAUUGAAGACAUGAACAGUCGACAGGAAAACAGAGAUCCACAGCAAGCUUUUCGAUUAUGGCUUAAAAAAAAGCAGGAAGAGCAGAUGAAAGAAAAAAAGACAGAAGAACUAAGAAAGCAAGAGGAACGCUUGUUCUUCCUUCAAGGAGCAGAAGGCCGUGAAAGGGCCUUUAAACAAUGGCUAAGAAGGAAACGGAUAGAAAAAAUAGCAGAGCAACAAGCUGUCAGAGAGAGAACCAGACAGCUUCGACUAGAAGCUAAGCGUUCUAAACAGUUACAGAACCACCUGUAUAUGUCAGAAGCCAAAACUUUUCGUUUUACUGACCAUUAUAACUGAAAGUAUUUAUUAAAUACUUCAUUUGGCAGCUGCUGUCAACAAAAUUUUAGAUAUAAAUUCUUAUGGCCUGUGUUUUGAUUUUACUCUAAUUAUGGAAAUGAUGUUUAUCUUUGAGUGAAGUUGACAGUGAAUUUGUUGUUGUUUUUGACUCUAGAACAAAAUAAAUUUCGUCUCCUACAGUGUUA